UGCAACAACCGCCAGCUGCGGGCUGUGUACACAUUCAGCCGCUGGGUGUCUUCACUCUGUGGCUCCACUGUAGACAAGAGAGGGUAGCGUAGGCUGGUCUGUCCGUCUUUUCCGGAAGAGAGGGUAUGAAACAUGGGACACAUCCCAGUUCAGCAGCUGAUCCUGCAACACAUCCAGCACAGAAGCCUGUGUGGAUGACUCUCUGUUAGUCUGUGUUAAUAGUCGGCUGUGAAUAGAGUGAAUCAAACAGGCACCGUGCGUCCAAACGGGACAUCCCCCAAGAUCCCUUUGACUGGAACGCUUAAACGCUCAAACACGCCCGAACACUCAUUUGGCUUUGGUGAGACCCUGAACAUUGUGAGCACAGGCUGGCCCAGGUCACGUUGAUGCUGGUGGGCACACACUAGUACUGUCCUCGCCACCUGCUCUUGCUCUGCUCCCACCUCCCCACCCGCCAUGGCUGCAAGCAGUGACCCUGUCUGUGAGAGGCUGGAACCCGACUCUGACAAACAGACCAGCAGUCUCACAGACAUCAUGGCUGCCAUGACGACAAAAGACUCAGCUUCCAACGGCGUGAGGAAUGGCGGCGCUCAGAAGGACGGGGCUCAGGCCAAGAGGACUCAUCCGUUGCGGCCUCAUCUGACUGGGAGGAAGUUGUCGCUGCAGGAGAGAGGCACUUACCUGUCGUCAGGCUCUGGAGGUGGCUACACACACACCUCCCCUCGUGUGGCUCGCAGGCCCACCGUAGAGUCUAAACGUGUGUCCAUAUCAGACUCUCAGGACUGUAUCCAGUUGAACCAGUAUAAACUGAAGAGUGAGAUUGGAAAGGGCUCCUACGGUGUGGUCAAACUUGCCUACAAUGAGGAUGAUGACAAACACUAUGCCAUGAAGGUGGUGUCCAAGAAGAAGUUAAUGAAGCAGUGUGGUUUUCCACGUCGCCCACCCCCAAGAGGACCCAAGGCAGCACAAGGAGAGCAGCCCAAAAUCUUAGGUCCCCUGGAGAGAGUUUACCAAGAGAUUGCCAUCCUUAAAAAACUGGACCAUGUCAACAUCGUCAAGCUGGUGGAGGUGCUGGAUGAUCCAACGGAGGACAACCUUCACAUGGUGUUUGAGCUGAUGCCUAAGGGUCCUGUGAUGGAAGUGCCCACAGACAGUCCUUUUUCAGAAGAGCAGGCGAGGUUACACUUCAGAGACGUUAUCCUGGGUAUAGAGUACCUGCACUACCAGAAGAUUGUCCAUCGGGACAUCAAGCCUUCUAACUUGUUACUGGGGGAUGAUGGCCGUGUGAAGAUAGCAGACUUUGGGGUCAGCAACCAGUUUGAGGGCAACGAUGCUUUGCUGUCCAGCACUGCUGGCACUCCUGCAUUUAUGGCACCAGAGACCCUUUCAGACACCCGAAAGAGUUUCAGUGGAAAAGCGCUGGACGUGUGGGCCAUGGGAGUUACUCUCUACUGUUUCGUCUUUGGGAAGUGCCCGUUUAUUGAUGAGUACAUAUUGGCUUUGCACAAUAAGAUAAGGACUAAGCCUGUGGAUUUCCCAGAAAUACCAAAGAUCAGUGAAGAGCUGCAGGCUCUGAUCUUGCGGAUGCUGGACAAGAACCCAGACACCAGGAUCACCAUCCCUGAGAUCAAGAUGGACCAGUGGGUGACCCAGGGAGGCACUGACCCCUUGCCUCUAGAGGAGGAGCACUGCUCUGUGGUGGAGGUGACAGAGGAGGACAUCCAGAAUUCAGUCAAGUUUGUUCCCAGCCUCUCUGCAGUGAUCUUGGUAAGAGCCAUGCUGAGGAAGCGCUCCUUCAGUAACCCCUUUGAGUGUCCAAGCAGGAGAGAGGAGAGGUCCAUGUCUGCACCUGGCAGCCUGCUCAUGGACUCGUGGCCCUUCCGGCCCUCUUUAAAACUUCACCCCUCACUCAGAAAGAGCAGCACAGGAGAUGGACCCAGAGAAGGAGAGCUGGAGGACCUGCACGAAGACGAAGCCUCUUCUUGAGUGUUAAUAACACUCUCGUCAAUAGAACUUUGUCUUCAACUCGCCCCUUCAUCCUCACAUCUUCCUUAAAUCAGUGACACACUACAAAUGUAUCAUCAGAACACUGGAGAGACUCGAGCUUUUAAAUCUACUAUAUUGUUAAUAUUCAGACAUGUAUGCUCAGGCUUGCUUUCGUUUUAGCUUUCCCCCAUUUUCCUUCUCCAGUGUGAGACUAAGUUUUAUCCACAAUGUCGCUUGUCUUAACUGCUCAACCACUUACUGUUGUGACUGGCAUCAGUGAACCAGUGAGAGGAACUCUUCUAAAUUUCUGGAUCAUUAACAGUUUAAAUUAUUGUUGCAGGACAAAGACAAGAACAUGUUUGUCAUCUGGCGUUACACUAUAAUGUGAGGAUAUUUUUAUCAUUUACACAUUUGCAUGAAUUCAUAGGCCUCGUCACAGUCAUUGGUAUAGCCAGCCUGACAUAGAGGAAAACAAACCCUCUUCAAUGAUAAUCACAGCAUGUAAAUUAUACUAUAUUGUUGCUUCAUUGAACCAUAGGGCUUUUUAUUUAUAAUCAAUGGCCAGUCAUUUUGAUACUGUACAGAUGUCUUGAAGUAUCAUAUGUGUCAUCAUACGUGUUAGUGUCGCACAACGCUACUUUUUGUAUUUGUGCCAUCAGUAGCUUUUACUUUGGAGCUGUGUGAGAAAGUUCUCUAACAGGAAGGAACAGAAGUCAGCUGUAUACGGGUGAUUACACAGAAAGGACAGAGGCUUUGAUAUGCUUGUUGAAAUGCUCAAAGUGACUUUUUCUGCUGUGUGAUGUGUAAUUAUUUUUGUGGUAUAAGUCAUUUCACGCUUCUCAUACUCUGUUAUAUGUUGCUUGUCUAAUGAUUUCUGUUCUGUUUGAUUUCAUGUCAAGUAACUGUGACAGGAAUUAGAGCGUUUCUAAUUGUAUGUUCUUUGAUGGUGAGUGUGAACAGACUGAAAUACUUUACAUAUUUUCCUUUCCAAAUUAGAAUGUAAUUUUAUGCAAUAUUCUUGGAUGCGGAGCUGAUUUAAAGGUAUGAAUAAUCUCAUCCAAGUUAAACAUCACUGAGUGCUCUUACGUGAGAAAUUGAAUCUGAUCCAGGCUAAGGGACAGUACACUGACACUUAUCAGUGACGAAGUUUUUCUGUUUCACUUUCUAAUGCAUGAUAAGAAAAAGUAAAACAGUAUGCACAUUGGUGGCUAUUGUGAAAGUUAUUAUU